CGUGCAUAAUCGUAAUAUGGUGAAAUUAAUGCUACAUUUAUGGAAGGAGUCUCCAGUAUCAGCGCUGUGAAACAGUCAGAUGUAGAGCUGUAGCUUUAGGAUUUCCAACAUCUUCAUGUCCGAGGAGUUUACGCUUUGUGUAAUGACAGGAAAUAAUUAGCUUUGUGGACUUUCUUUAGUCAAUAAAAAUCUUAAUUGUUGUCAAAUUGCUGUUGUAUAAAAGGAAUAAGACACUUCAGGACAUCCUACUAUGGGAAACUAAUCAACUUUUUUUUGUUGUCGUAAGAGUAAUUCAUCUUCAUCACAUCGCUCCACAAAUGAUUUUUCCAUAACGGUAUGAGACAGAGUGUUUUAUUCCUUAUUUAAACCGUAGUUUGAUUUUCAGUGCAGGGUUUUGAAAUCUGAAGUUAUUUGAAUGUCAGUAGAUGUGGAUAAAUGUACUAAUUAAUAGACUGUUGGAUUUAUGGUUUUCAAUCUCUCUCUUUUUGUUUUUUUGUAACCGGAUUUAUUCUCAUCACAUUCCAGCUCUGACACUGAGGUGUUAUCAUUGCUCCCAGGAUUGUGAAACUAACUCAAACACUAUGAACUGCUCACACGCAUGUUCUGUCAACUACGUCGUGUCAUAUGACAAUGGCAUGAAGAGUGAAUAUGGCUUUAAGUCAUGUGCUGAUAAUGGGGAAUGCAUAAACUAUAGUGUGAACCUGGGAUAUGCCAAACUGGCCAUUAGCCAGGAAUGCUGCAAUUCCGAUCUCUGCAACAGUGGACCUUUUCCAGCUGUAGACCUGCGUCCCAAUGGGAAAAAGUGUUACUUCUGUGUUGGAGACAACUGCUUAGGAAAUCUGCAGUGUGAGGGACUUGAAGAUCACUGCCUCACUUACAUAGAUACUCUCACUGGCCACGAGCUCAAUAUAAAAGGAUGUGCAAGUAAAAUCCUGUGUGAUUUUGCUACAUCUGGCCUGGCUUUAACCAGAAUGAAUAUCACCAACAGACAGGUGACUUGGAAGUGCUGUAAGGGGAACCUCUGUAACAGUGCUGCGAGUGCUACACUGAGUUUCUUCCUCGUGUUGCUCUUCCUGCUUUCCUCUUUCCUCCUCUACUGAGCUUGAGGUCAAGUCAGAUCUCUCAGUCUACAUUUCUGUCCUCUCUCGCUGUUAAAUUUAAUGAUAACACUAAUUAUUAUUUUAAUCAACGUUGAUAAUACACUGGCGUCCCAAUCAGGAUGUAUUCCCACCUCACACACGACGUUCCUGGGAUGUGCACCAGAUCCAGCGUGACCCUGACAUCUGUAAAGCAAACUGAGAAGUUUCACUACAAUCUCGUGGACAUACAUUGACCUUACCUUAUCAGUUAUCUGUCACACACUUUUUCCACCACCUACAGAAACGUAUAAAAGAAGAAUUUAUUUUGUCUGAACUGCAAGAGAUGUUGAGGUGUUACACCAGAAAUUGCUGGGAAUGUAAAUCAUGAUAUGGUGUAAUGGUAUUAAAAUUGCAUUAAAAUGG